AAUAUCGUUUACAUUUGCCUUGUCUUGCACAGAUUCGUUCCUCCAGCUCGUGGUCAUGGCCUUGAUCUCGCUUCCUCCACAGCCUCAAGUCAGCUUUGCUGGCCAGCACGUGAUAAGAAACUGUUUUGGCCUAGGUCCAAAGUGUUGCCCCUUUAGAUGCUAUCCGCGUGUGCAGUCAUUAAGCCGCAGCCCUGCCACAGGGCCCUGCCACAAUUAAGCCACAGUUGGCUGCAGUUGCCGUUAACGAUGACAGCCAGAUGCAAGUGGACAGCCGUCAGUUGUUCCUCAGCUCGUUACGAGCUGUAACCAAAGGGGCAAGAGCCAGAACGAGAACCAGAACCUGCAACAUUUUGGUAUAAAAGGACGCGGCCCUGGCUAGCCAAAUGCAGUAACAACUAACGUGGCCCGGUACACACACCCAGCUCCAACUUCAAACUCAACAUGCAACUUCUAUUGGUAACACUCGUCGCCUCCAGCUUGGCGCUGGCUCAGGGCAUGGCGCUGUAUGCCAACUAUCCGUAUGUGUAUACGGCGCAAGGGUCGGCUCUGGUGACGCCCACGCAGCAGCAGUAUCUGACGCAGGAUGUGCUGGGCCAGUAUGCCUACGGCUAUGCCGAGCCGCAUUCCACCAAGCAGGAGGUGCGCAGCCUGGACGGCAUCACGCGCGGCAGCUACAGCUAUCGCGAUGCGGCGGGCAAGCUGCAGACCGUCGACUAUACGGCCGAUGCAAAGGGCUUUCAUGUGGCAGCCACCAAUUUGCCGCAGCGGCAGUUUCGUGCGCCAAGCUCGCCAGCUGGCGACGCCCGCAGCGCCGGCGCCGGCGCUGACGUUCCCGUUGCUGCAGCUGCCGCUGCUGCCCACAAUUCAGCUGACGCCGUCGAAGUUGCCGCCGCCUCUCAGAGCCAUUUGGCGGCUCAUGAGACGGAUCGACUGCGUCUGGCGCAGGCUCAACAGUUCAACCACCAAUCAACAGAUCUGGACCUGCCUGCUCCCGUUGCCGACACAGCCGAGGUGGCCGCUGCCAAGUCCAUUCAUCUGAAGCGUGUCGCCUCCGAGAAGCUGCGCAACGAGCUGCUCAGCGCUCGCUCGAUUCCAGUUGCUCGCAGCUCCCAUGUCAUUCUGCCCGUGCAGUCGCAGCGCCACAAAAGAAACCCGCCAAAAAAAAUCAGUAAAAAAAUAAAAGAAGAAAAGAAGAUGCAGUCGAUCAGCUUCUGUCUUAAUCUCUGCUUAAUCCUGCUUCUUGGAGCUACACUGGGCCGUUCGGCAGCCCUGCUGGAUUAUGGCGCUCCACUGGCGGCGGGCACCUUCAGCCAAUACCACAGCCAGGAUGAGCAUGGCCAGUAUGCCUAUGGCUAUACGGCGCCGCUCUACUCCAAGCAUGAGACGCGCACGGCGGACGGCGUCACCCACGGCUCCUACUCCUAUGUGGAUGCCAGAGGCGAACAGCAGACGGUCAACUACCAGGCGGAUGCCAAUGGCUUUCGUGUCACGGCCAGCAGCCUGCAGCAGCAGCAGCUGCGACCCAAUGCGGAAACAGCCGAGGUGGCUGCGCUGCGUGCCCAGCACUUGGCUGCCCAUGCGGAGGCCAAGCUGCGUCUGGCUGGCGGCUCCAGUUUGACCGGCCCUGUACAGGAUACGCCCGAGGUGGCCGACGCCAAAGUUGCCUUCUUCAAGCGCUUCGAGGCGGAGAAGCUGCGCAACCAGCUGGGCAAGGUCACGACCACCGCCACUAUCAAAUCUUCCCCAGAGCACAGCCAUACCAUAAUCUCGCAGCCACUUUAUGUCUACCAGCCUGCGAGUGGCUACAUUUACAGGUACAACUCCCUGCUGAAGGCUGCAUCACCCGCUCGUGACUACCUGCCCGUGGCUUAA